CACACUUAACAAAAAAUACUCUUCUUAAUCUCCUUUCUCCCAAAUCUUCCUCUUCUUGCAACAAAAAACUAUGGUUCCAAAUUCUUCUCCUUUCUUCCUAUCACUCACCCUUGUCCUCUUUCUCCUCUCCACAAAAUCAUCAUCAGCUCAAUCAACUCUUGACCCAAACCAACUCAAAGCUCUCAGAUCACUAAGUGUUCCAACAGGUAAAGACCCCUGUUCUCCACUUCGCAAAACCACCAUUUGUGACUCUUCAACUCCUUUUCACAACCUUAUUUCUCUCAAGCUUAUAAACUGUUCAAAUGAUGUGGUAUUAUCCCAAACAGCUCUAAAAUCUCUCUCAACUCUCACUGACUUACAGUUCAUCAACUGUCCUGUUUCUCCUAUUCAUUUCCCCUCUGAACUUUCCUCUAAUAUCAACUCCUUCACUUGCAUCAACUCCCUCAAAAAACUCACUAGUGUUUGGCUUAUUCGUUUACAUAAUGCAGUAAAUUUAACUGUGUCAAAUGUUCCAGUUUCUGCUAGCGGCCCAUCUAUAAUCUUGAACAGCAUCAAGAGUUUGCAUACCGUGACAAUAUCUCAUGCAAAUCUUACAGGGGUUCUUCCUACAAAAUGGCAUUUGAAUCUUACUUAUGUAGAUUUAUCUGAGAAUAAGCUUGAAGGAAGAAUACCAAGUUCUUUAACUAUGCUUGAAAAUCUUGCACAUUUAAAUCUUUCUUCAAAUUCUCUCAAUGGUACUCUACCAACUGCAUUUGGCAACUUACUUUCUCUGAAAAAUGUGUCAUUAGCUUCAAAUUCUUUAUCUGGAAAUAUUCCAAAAUCAUUUGCUGCUAUUCCUGGAUUAGUUCAUCUUGAUCUUGGAUCUAACCGAUUAAAUGGAACUAUUCCAAAGUUCAUUUCAGAUAUGAAGGGAUUGAAAUACUUGAAUCUUGAGAGGAAUAAUUUUCAUGGGAUUUUGCCAUUCAAUGCUAGUUUCAUCAAGAAAUUGGCUGUGUUUAAGGUGGGAGAAAAUUCUAAUCUUUGCUACAAUCAUUCCACAAUGUCUACCAAAUUGAAACUUGGCAUUGCUCCUUGUGAUAAACAUGGAUUGCCACUGUCUCCACCACCUCCUAAGGAAGAUUUCAGUGAUGAUAGUGAAGAUAAAGAGGAUGAAAGUCCACCACCUAAACAUGAACAUGGACCUAGCAGGGUUGUUCUUGGUGUUGCCAUUGGACUUUCUUCCAUUGUAUUUUUGAUUAUUUUCUUGGUUCUACUAUCCAAAUGCUGUAAAUGAUGAGUGUAAAUAAGGAAAAAAUCUUGGUCCAGUUAGGUUAGACAAAUUUCCUUAUAGAAUUUGAAGAUUUGUUCAUUAACUGUAUACUAGUAGAAUGUAAGAGUGGUUAUUACUCAAUUUGUGUGCGAUUCUAAUAGCAGUACUUUUGCUGAAAGAGGAUGCUUCAUUUCAGCUGUCUCCUAGGCUAUAGUGAUUAUGAGAGAGAGAAAAGUGGCCUAUUAUCUUAAUUCUUUUGUUAUUUAUGUA